AUGACUAAAGAAGCCGAGCCAUUAGAUCCGGAUUCGAAGCUUUCCGAGCCGGUUAGAAGACAUUCUAGCCUUCCAAAAGGUUGUAUUAAUUGCCGAGCCUGCUUCACCAACUGGUCCAUAUGGUUUUCUGGAAUUGCCACCAUUAUCACGUUGCUUUCAUCAAUUCUAUUCACCUACUAUUUCUCGAAGGCGCUUUCUGGAUUUGCUAAACAGAUCAACGCAUUCGUCAAAGUCGGGGACCUCGGCAACGUCUUUUUCCAGACCCUCGUCACAAUCUUUGUAAUCUGUUUCGUCACGUACCUAUUUUUCGUUCAUCUGGCGUCAGCAAAAUUCUUUCGAAAUUGGCUAAAUAAUUGUGGGACGUUGUGCAUACUUUUUGGAAGCUCUGUCUUUUCACAGGUAUUCCUGAUCUGCUGGGUUUUGGUCACCUGCUUUGUAUCGGCCCUUACCCUCGUCUAUUUCCUGUUCAUCGGCGGAAUCUAUGGAUUUUGCAAAGUGGUGGAUACCGAGUGCUUCAAUUUCAAGGUGUUGAUCCCGGCUAUCGUGAAUCGCGUUAGUAAUAAGCAACUCGACAUGACGUUUUGUCAAGACAAAAAAGAGCUACUGUGCAGUGGCGAAAAUAACAUGUUUGGCAACUUUUGCGCAGCGUUUCUGAUGGCGGUUAUUACUUUUUGCGGCUGCCUGGUCGUCCAAAACUGCGUAGUCUACGGUUUGGGCAAGAAAAAUGCGAAGGCCAGAAAGCCGAAGGAUGAAGCGUACCAGUUAUCGGAAAUGAAA